UCUGGGGCGGGGAGGGGGAGGUGAAGGAGGAGGAGGGACCCGGGGAAGGCAGAAGGGGGGAUCAGAGCAGCGCGUGGUCACGUCCCCCUAGUGGCUGCCCUGCGCUGCCCUUUCCCCACCACCACCACUCGCUUUUCGCGCGCUUUUUUUACCGGGGUGUGCGCCUUUCCUCGGCGGGGGUGGGUGCCACCGGGUGGGGAUGCUGCGGUCCGCGGGUUACUUCAGGAGCUUCUCCUGCCCUUUCGACGCCCGCGGGUGUCGGCGGCCCCACUGCCAGUACAGGCACGAAGCGGGGCGAAGCGAAGAGUUGUCCCCUGCCCCCCCACGGCAGCCGUUGCGAGGCUUCCCUGCGCUGGGGCUGGGUAGAAACAUCCAAGAACUAGAAAGAAUCAACAAAGCAAUUCAGUCAGUCAAGACUGAAGUUGAAGAAGAAGAAAAGAAACUAUUGUAUUAUAAUUUGGGACAAGAUGAACUUCAACGUUCUUUGACAUCUGCAAAAAAUAUUAGAGAAAAUGUAUUUUCUGAUGAAGGCAGUCUCAAUAAGAGUCCUAUAAAAGAGAAAGGUCAUGUCAAUUCAAUCUCAAAAGUUUCUAGCAAAUCCAGUAAGUAUAUUCUAGACCAUAGCUGUCCAUCUACUGAUCUUGAAUAUGACCCGUUACUUAAUUAUACAGCAGGUCUUCUGAGGUCUUCUUUGAAGGAAGAUGAAAAUGACAGACAGUAUUCCAAGCACAUGAAGAUGUUUCCUUGUGGAAACCUGCAAAGAUCUACAAAAACGUCUCAACAUGAAAGUAGAUAUGGAUCUCCAAGGAAGAGAUCAAGAAGUUCUUCACCAAUAAAACUUGAAAUAAAGCUUCAGGAAUCAGAUGAUGAUGUGCUUAUAAUAGAUGCUCCACCAGUGAAUGUGUCAAAAAAACCAAGAAUAAGUAGGACCUGUAAAAAGAACAGAGAAGAAAAUCAGGUUAGUUCUGGAACUAAAGUAGAAACUCUGAAAAAUGUUGCAACGUCAGCAUCUUUACAUUGUACUGAAGAAAAGAGACAAGAAGAUACCACUGUUGCUCAGGAUUAUAUUAACCAAAGUGAUGGAAAUAAGACUGAGAGAAAAUCUUCAGCCAAUGAAUGCUUUUAUUUACCAUAUAUAAAAAUGAAUGCAUUGAAUGCAGGAAGCAAACUCGAUGAUGAUAAAAAAUAUCAUCCUCCAACUAAAGAGAGCAUUUCUUCUGCUUCUCAGAUGAAGAUUGAGUUGAACAAAGAAAUGUUUAAGGAAGUUUUGGGGAAGGUUGUCUCUAUUAAAACAUGCAAUGUGGAACAGCAGGUUAUUAACCAAUGUUCUGAAGACUCUUCAAAAGCUAUACUAUUACAAGAAACUUCUAAAAAAGUCCCAGAGCAUUUAGGGAAACAGAGUUUGCAAACCUGUGAAAAAGGUGAGGUUUCAAAUAAUACCCAAAGCCGUCCUUUGCCAGAUUUGAGUGAAAACAUUUCUCAUGAUGCAAUUUUCUUUCCUGAAAACAUUGGUGAAAAACAGUGUGACAAUCUUGGGUACACAAAUACCAAAGAAAAUUGUAUAAUUAUAUCAGACUCUUCAGAAAAAGAGGAUUCUGAAGAAGAUACUGAACAUUCUGAAUCAGAUGAUACCAUGGAAGAAUGUCGGAGAAUUUUCAAUGAGUUUGUUGAACAUGAAGCACAAAAGGAAAAAAUGGCAAAAAAGCAGGCACUUGCAAUGCAAACAGAAGUGGCCUCAGAUGUGAAGGCAAGUAUGCUACCUAGACAGAAGAGAAGAAUUGCUCACACAGCAAAAUUUGAUGUUAGUACCACCAAAGAAAUUAUUGUACCUUUUAAGGCACCGCUUCCACAACAGACUUCCCAUUCCAGAAUAUUGCAAGCACAGCAACAGGCAGUGCAAAUAACAGCUGCUGUUAAAAGUGGCCAAGCUUUUGUUGCUGCAACUUGUGCUCCAAAGAAAAGUGCAUCUGUAAUACCAGCUACUCACAUUCAAAGCAUGGGACCCAUGGUUUGUUUAAAUAUGUUUGAAGUUCAGCCUGUUACAACAAGCAGUGGUCAGUUGAAUGUACUGGUGCCUGGAAACGCAUUAACAGCAGUGCCAUGUAAGCUUUCCAGUAAUCCUGUAAAAAGGAUUGCUCCCAUGCCUAUAAAGGUGUCAAGUCGAAGAAGGCCUUCUGUAGUUCCAGAACUGGGAUCCAAGGUGCCACUUGACAUAAGACAACGAUAUGUCAAUUUUUUUGUGGAAGAACUCUUGAAAGUUUGUGCAACAGUAAAUGAAGCUUUUGACAAGGCGUUGAUAGAAGAAAAGGCCAUAUAUAACCGUUGUGGUAGUAAAAAUAUGUAUCUGAACAUAGCUGUGAAUUCACUUAAAAAACUGAGGGAUCAUGCCAAUAUAUCAAAUGGCCAGCCUUAUGGCAACAAAGGCACUACUUCCUCUGGCUUGAGAAAACAACAAAAAGAUGAUUUUACAGGCAUCACUCUCUAUAGACUUCUAAAAGACUAUGCUCUGACUGAGGAACAGUUGAAAGAAAAUGGCUACCCUGAAUCAAAUCCUGAAAAACCUGGUAGUGCGAUGUUAUGCAGCAGCACUGUAAAACCAGCUGUAUCUGACCCCUCCAGAAGAGUUUGUUGUAGGUGUGGAGAAAUAUAUACUGUAACUUCAUCAGGAAAUCAUGUUCGGAAGGAAGAAUGCAACUAUCAUUCUGGUAGAGUAUUAAGACAUAAAGUACCUGGUGGUUUGGAAACACGCUAUAGUUGUUGUGAAGGAAUUGUUGGGUCUCCUGGAUGUCAGGUUGCAAAGUUCCAUGUUCACGAUGGAAGGAAUGAAAACAGGGAUGGCUUUGUGAUGACUUUCAUCAAACCACCUCCACUUGAUGGAAAUUAUGGUGUAUUUGCACUAGAUUGUGAAAUGUGUUAUACAGCACGUGGUCUGGAACUCUCCAGAGUGGCAAUAGUCGACCCUUCUCUUCAAGUCAUCUAUGACACGUUUGUUAAGCCAGCUAAUGAAAUCCUAGAUUAUAAUACUAGAGAUGGGGAGGAUCAUAUCUCAAUAAGGACCGCAUUCCAUAGCCCCAGGGCAGCAACCGAGAAGGCCCGUCUCUGUGUGGUCACCAGACGAACUGGCAGCAACUGGAGACGGACCUCCACGGACGACCUCAAUGGACGGUUUUCUGGAGUGACAGCAGAGGACAUGAAGAAUGUUGUGACAUCCAUUCGAGAUGUGCAGGCAGUACUACUAAAUUUGUUCAGUGCAGAUACAAUUUUAAUUGGACACAGUUUAGAGAAUGACUUAUUUGCUCUUAAGCUAUUUCACAAUAAAAUUGUGGAUACAUCAGUAGUUUUUCCUCAUCGACUAGGUGCACCUCAUAAAAGAGCACUUAGAAAUCUAAUGGCUGAUUAUCUCAGAAGAAUUAUUCAGGAUGAUGUUAGUGGUCAUGAUUGUACUGAAGAUGCAAGUGCUUGUAUGGAGCUAAUGCUUUGGAAAGUAAAAGAGGACACUAAAGGCAGAAGAUAAUACUCUUCUCAACAGUAGCCUUUCUUCAUGAUUGCCUAGAGACAACUGCUAGCAUCGAAAUGUAUCAAAAACAAUGUUCUAUUUGUCAGAGGAUUCUUAGUCUAUAUACUAACUGGUUGAGCAGGAAGUUUUCGGUUAUAGCUGGGUAUGCAGAAGUAUGGUAUUUUUGUUCAGUAUAAUGUUAGAGAGAUUAUGGGAUCUCUGUGCUAUUCAAAACUGUAAAUUUAAACAGUGAACAUCUUGUAAUGUUGAAAACUUGGAAGCAGUACUGUACUACUUGUAUGAAACUUGUAUAUAUGUCCUGAACAAAAGUACUUUCUCUUGCUUUUCAACUGUCAUUUUCUGUAAAAGUAAAAGCUUAUAAAAUGAGGUCCAGCUUUCUUAUGAAUAAAACAAGUGGUAAAAAUUAUGCAGCCCUUUCAUUUGGAUAGUAGAUCUUUCCAAAAAGUUGUAAAGUUUAAAAAAAAAAUUUUAAAGGGCUAUAUAUAUUACAGUUUAAUAGCUUUGAUCUGUGUGCAUUAAGAUUGUAGAACAAAGUGUUUUUGUAAACUGAGUUGCAAAUGAAGAUUAAAGGCAGCAAUGAAAAA